AUGACCACCCACCUCCCACACUACCCCCCCAGCACAACCCAACCCACCACCUUCCACCUCGGCACCGGCACCACCCUAUUCAGCACUCUCCUCCCCCAACUCCUCACCACAAACCACUCCCUCAUCCUCGUAACAUGUUUCUGGGCACCCUCCAGCACCCAACAAUCCAUCCGGGAUCUCCUCCUCCAUCUCUCCUCCCAAGCCAUCUCCUCCCAUAAAACCAUCCACAUCCGAAUAUGUUUUUCCUCUUUUUCCCCUCUUCAGAAAUUACUCCAUACCGCCUCGGAAAAUGGAUAUAUAUAUCCUUCUUCGCGAUAUUCUUCGUUGGGAUUACCGGCGGUAGAGGAGAUCCCCGGGUUAGAUUUGAGGGUUAAAUCGAUUUUUUUACGACCGUGUCAUGUUUUGCAUGGGAAGUAUAUUAUUCAGGAUGAGGAACGCGUGUGGUUUCCGAGUUGUAAUGUUAGUUGGGAGGCGUGGGGGGAGGGGUGUGUAGGGUUUAAAGGGGGAGGAUUGGUGGAGGAUUUGAGAGGUUAUUGGAGUAGGGUUUGGGAUGGGGAUGGACGGAUGAGAGUUCCUGAAUCUCCACAGGAGAUGUCAACUAAGGUUAUACGAAGAAGUCAGGAAGUUCCUGUAGAGUUGGGAUAUUCCGAUUCCUCACUAUUAGCUUCUAUCGAUCUAUCACAUCUCCCAGCAAACAUCGAAACGCUUCUUCUCCCACAUACCCACUCAUCUUACAACCCCUUUUCCAUUUUCUUCACCCCAAACGCAAAAACCCCCUCCACACCACUCAACACAUUCCUCCUCUCACAAAUCUCAACCGCCAAAUCCUCAAUCAACAUCUACACCCCCAACCUCACAUACACCCCCCUCAUCAACACGCUAUUCGAAGCCCUAACCCGCGGCAUCGACAUCCGAAUCGUCGUUUCUAGAAAACUAAUGAUAUUCGAACAAAUAGUCACAGCAGGCACACUAACAGAAUGGGAAGUAUACAAAAUGGAGCGUCGAUACCGGAAGCUCGUUGCACGCUCAUCACGACGAACGGACGAUUUGGAAGCGGGUAAUAAUACCCGGAUUGGAAAUUUGGAAAUCGUUUAUUUUAAUCCGGCGUUUGUUAAUGUAAAUGAGAAUAAUAGUCGAUCUACGAGGGGUGACGAAACAAUGCCCAGGCGUAUUGAGGAUAUGGGGAUGGAAAAUCAGCCGGUGAAACUUCAUCUUAAAAUGACGGUAAUUGAUAACGAGAUUACGGUUCUGGGGAGUGGGAAUAUGGAUCGUGCGAGUUGGGUUACGAGCCAGGAGGUGGGAGUUGCGAUUUUUUCUGAACAGGUGGCUAGGAGGCUAAAUGCGGUGGUGAGAGAUGUUUAUGGAUGA